CUUUGACUGGGUGAGAAGGAAAAUAUGAGAUUUAGGGGUGUUGUUUGGUAGGAAUUUUGGAAAUGAGAUUGGGGAUUUUGAAAAUUUUGGAUAUGAAGGGGAAUUUGGGGUUUGUAAGAAGUUUUAGGGGAGUUUUUAUGAUAGAUUUUGGUUUAGAUGAAGUUUGGAUUUUAAGUGGUUAAAAUUUAAAUAAUGAAAGAUAUAUAAGCAGUUACUUCUACUGAUCUUAUAUAGUGCCUAAAACGAUGAUGUGGCUGAGAUUGUAUCUCUGAAGGACCUCGGCUACAUAUCUGUCAGUCAGGCGCUGUCCAUUCAGAUACAAUAUUUUCAAAGUAUUUCUUAAGUCUGUUUUUGAAAAAGCACUUAUCAAGUUCUCAAAGUGUCAGAGUCUGGUAUCGAAGCGGGUAAAGUUAUUUGUUGUAGAAUCAAUUAAAUACAACUUUUCAAUUCUAGUUCCGUGUAAUCAUGUAGUAAAGUCUGGGAUUGAAGGACAAGAUAUUAAGCAGUUCUCAAAUACAACCUUUCACUUUAUUUUGUUUACCAACAGUAAUCUCUUGAACUGAGGUUGACUUAUUUUGUAA